CUAAAGGCACAGACCAACUAAAAAACGUCACCUAUAAGAAAAUGCAUCACCUAACCUCAUAAUGAAAUCCUCUGUGCUCGCUGACAUUGACACCACUCAAUAAAUAAUGAAUCAAUUGGCAAGAUUUGUGUGGGAUUCAUUAACCAUAACAAUUUAUAUAAAUUUACAAUAUAAGCUAAUAAAAUUUUAUAAAUUAAGUUAAGUUUUUCCGAGGCAAUAAGGCAAGAGAAACUAGCACCAUGUUUAUUUACGAAUUUAUGGGUGGUGUGCUCGAUGCUAUUACUGGAGACGAUGGUGCAGACGACGAUCCAGAGCGCGGGUAUGACCCCCACAAACAUCGCAAAAUUGAAAAACCUACCUCAUAUUCCGAAACCAUGGUGCACAUGUUGAAAGGCAGUAUAGGUGCCGGAAUCCUAGCAAUGCCCGAUGGCUUCAGACGCGUGGGCCUUAUUGCAGGCGUCAUCGGUCUAAUCUUAAUUGGCGCAUUUGCUACAUAUUGCAUUCAUAUGCUCAUCGCAGCGCAAUACCUUUUAUGUAAACGCGCUAAGAAAGGUUAUAUGUCGUAUUCGCGCUCUAUAAGGACCGCGAUAGAGUCGGGCCCUACUUCUCUCCGAUGGCUGUCCAAAUUCUUGGGCAAGUUUGUUAACGCUGUCCUAGUCGUGUGGCAACUUGGACUAUGUUGCGUCUACAGCGUGUUUGUAGCAGAAAACGUGAAACAGGUUUGCGACUACUAUGGGUUUGAAUAUGCAAUCCGACUGCAUAUAUUAAUGGGAUUUGUUCCACUUCUUCUCCUAAACAUGGUGAAGAGUCUUAAACUGCUAUCGCCAAUAUCAUUUAUAUCAAAUGUAAUAACAAUUUUCGGCCUCAUUCUCGUGUUCUACUACUUGAUGGAGGAUGACCUGGAGGUCGACACCGAAAUGCUUCGACCAAAGAGUCUGAUCGACUUCCCCGUUUUUGUGGGUAUAACGCUGUUUGCCCUCGAAGCGGUCGGAGUGAUUUUAGCGUUGGAAUAUAAUAUGGAUGAACCCAAGAAGUUUGUGGGAUGUUUCGGCCUUUUUAAUGUUGGCAUGGCAAUAAUACUAAUUUUAUAUUGUAUAGUCGGAAUUUUUGGCUAUAUGAAAUACGGCAAAGAGAUUGAAGCCUCUCUCACACUUAACCUACCACGACAUGAAAAAAAAGCACAAGUGGCCAAAUUAAUGUUAGCAUUAGCUAUAGGGCUAUCACAUCCGUUGCAAAACUUUGUAGCAUAUGUUUUGAUUUGGAAUUCAUGUAAGAAGAAAUAUCAAGGCCCGAGAGCACGCCUGCUCGACUACUCCUUGCGUGUAUUACUCGUCAUAAUACCUGUUGCAAUGGCAGUAGCGGUGCCGGAGCUCGGGCCCGUCAUUUCGCUGGUGGGCGCGCUGUGCCUGUCGCUGCUGGCCAUCGUGUUCCCUGCCCUAAUCGACCUCUGCCUCUGGUACCCAGAUAAUUACGGACUACUCAAAUACAAGCUCAUUCGUGACAUUGUAAUCAUGUUACUCGGGUUUUUUGGCUUAGUGUCCGGAGUGUAUACUAGUAUAUUAGAAAUCACGCAUUAAAUUACAUACAAAAAAUUUAACCCUUUCAUUUUACAAAGCACAGUGGCCCUAUAUUAUUUUUAUUACUCGUUGACUGAAAUAGUUGAAUUAAGAUUUCGUAUACCUAACUGUUAUUGGGUAGUAUUUGGAAAGUAUUAAUUCGUUGCUUACAAAGUUAGUUUCAUAUUUAAGUUUACAGGAGGAGUUAAUG